GUGAUGUUCGCUUUUGGCACUCCUUUGUUGUGAAGAAAGAAAAACCCUCCAGAACACCUCAAGCUUCCUGAUCCGCGAUACAGCAGCGUUCAACAAUUUCCUCCCCAGACUGCAACACCCGGAACUAGUCGUGCAGCGUGAGUGCGAGUUGCGUGCACUCAAACUCUUCGAUCCUCCUCACGGAAGCUUCGCUGCGCAAACUUCAGCAUGGCAUCUCGGUAUUACAGGACCGCUGGCCCUGACCGCCGCGCCUCAGAACUCGACUUUCCCUCCGAUUCCGACCUCUAUUCUGCGAGCGACGAAGAAUUGAUAACCCAACAGGCCAACGAUCGCCGUCUCCGACAAGCCAUCAGCUACAUUGCCGACGAAGGAGGCGCUGAUCCGCCGGAAGUAUACGUUGAGUACGUGCAGAGGAUCGACGACAGCAUCCUCAAACAGUACCGCGAAGAAGGAUAUUCGUUCAAUCCCAAAUUAUAUCGGCAGCUGCGGUCCAUGAUCCGAGAAGUGCAAGCCGACUUUCAGAGAAUCGCUGAGGAAGAGAGUUCGGUAUCGCUUGAAGACACCGAUGCGAGCAUCGAAGAGCUGCUGUCUCCUGAGGUCCUCUACCGAGGCGGGGAAGACGAUUCAGACGAUCUCCCAGUUCCGGAAUCGUCCCGCAGGCCAAAAGCACCUCCUCCUCAAGAAGUCUCCUAUCCAAAGCUCAGGGAUCCGUUGAAGAAGGCCGAAGUUCGCGAGACGCAAUUUCUGUACGGCGGUCCCGAUAACGAAGUCGAAGAAUGGCACAAGGACUUCCCAGCUAUGCUCCCGUUUGGAGAAACGCUUUACAUGCAGGAGUGGGAGAGCAUGAAGAUCAACUACGAUCUCCGCGAAUCUGCCAAAAAGAGUGCUGCCGAUGCGAGCCCAAUCGUCGAGACCAACGUUCCGUACGAUGCCGUAGACAAGGCCAGAAUCCCGACGACAUAUGAAUCUGGAUCCCGCUUCAAGCUUCCCAACAUUGGCAAGCCACUCUGGAGUCUGAUCAAGAGAGCUGCACGUACGGCCAUGCUUCCGAAUGUCCUCGACGAGCUCAACACAGCCGGCAGUCUUGACGAGCAGGUAAAGAAGGACUACGCCCCCAGAGUCUUCUUACACCCUGUCGCUGUGAAUGAGGCGCACCAGUACUACGUUCCCGAAGACGUCCCAACAUCCGUGCCGAUUUCCACUCUGAACGUGCCUAUGUCAAGCAAGGCCGCCGGAAAACAACCCGUUGGCCGCCCCUCCCUCCCACCGACCCCCGCCGGACCCUCCAUACCGUGUAAGAGCAGCACCACCGGAUAUCUCGGGGAGGGCCGCAAAGCCCAGAUUCGCAAUCACCCUCAACGAGCUACGGAAUCUCCGGCAUCCGAUAUCGCAAUCUCUCAAAGCGUGAAGAAGCCCUCUGCAGUCGCUCGCCGUCUAGAAGAACGUCGCGCUAAGGCCAUUCAACCUGUGGCCUCCAGAGUUCAACGAUCUGCCUCGACGGAUCGGGCAUUCUCCACCGAUUCACCGAUCGGUGGGCCUAGCACGCGUCGUCUCAGUCAUAUUCUUGCUGGUUCUUCGACGAAACGCGGUCCGGGCGGUCCGGCUAAGGCCACACCUCCCACUCCUACGCCAGAACCGCGUGUAACAAGGGCAGCUAUUGCUACAAGCAAGAGAAGGCUAUCCAGCGCAAGCUCCAGCACCCCGGAGGCGAAGAGGGUGAAGCCCUCCCCAAAUGCCCCUGCUAAGAAGGCCCCGCCGAAGGUUCAGGCGACGCCUAGCAAGAAGGUCGCAUUUGCAGAGGAAGAAGCUGGGCCUUCGACAAAGCCGCAGACUAGGAAGAAAGAGAUCAAGGGUGGUAUCAAGAACACGAUGAAGCCUGAGAGUGUGGGACGGGUUGAGCGGAAGACGAAGCCUAGCUGGGCGCUUCAGGGCGUUGAGAAAAUAACGCCGGGGGUAACGAGGCAUGGGACGAAGUUCAAGUAGGUGUUGUAGGCUAGUGGAAGGGUUGGGUUUUAGUGCAGUGUCGUUGGCUUGGAUGCUUCGUUGUCAUGCUCUUUUUAGUAGUUACGUUUAUCUCUAUAUUAAGAAACCCUCCACCAAAGCUCGCAAUGACA